CCCGCGAAACACCUACACGCUAUCUGCGCUCUUCGCGCUCUCUGCGCGCACCCACACGUACGCACACAAACCAUUAGCACCACCACCACACACCUAUUUGUAUAUAAAUAUACAGUGGUACACAAAGUCACACUCACUCACACACACACACGAACGCACACGCACACACUCACACAUACACACGCGAGAUAGCCGCAAAAAGGUGCCCGUGCAUGACUAGUACAUACCAAGUAUAGGUAGUACGUGCUGCUGUAUAGUGAUACAUCGCGACAGAGUAAACUGGCCUGCUCUCCGCGGACUGCGACUCUCGACUCUGGCUCGCUUCGACUCGACGAUCUGCGCGCGCCUUUCGCACUACAUCCACGAUCCAGCUUGCUUCUGUCGCGAGUCGACCACGUCGUCCCGUCUCUUGUGCUUUUGCACCCAGCCACAGCGCGAAUCGCACAAUUUGCACGUUUUACAAGCCGAAUAUCUGACAUCUGUGCACAAGAGAUGCUCCUGCGACGAGCCUGAGUGCGUGUGUGCGCGCGUCAGUCCGCGCCUUAUUCUCUCUGCGUACAUGUACACGUACGACGUUGGCAAUUGCAUAGCCAAAGCGAGCCAUUGUUCAGUGAAACGCAUCCGAAUCAGCUAUAGUCACCAGAGCAGCAGCAACAGUGGCGGCAACAGCUAACUCGUGCAAGAUCAGUCAAUCGCAAGCAGUUUCAAUGUCCUGACCUCCACCAGCCGUCAUGGCUUAACUUAGCGCAGUGCCAGCCGCGGAUCAUCCUUUCUUCGCUCUUCACCUCUCCCUCUUCUGUCCGUCUCACCACUUGUUCAUAUUCGCACUUGUCCUUAGCUCCCGUCGACGAUUUCUUCUUUGUCUGUGAACGCUUAAAGCUCCUCUUGUUUGUUCUCUUCCCUCUCUCUCUCUCUCUCUCUGCACCCACAUCCAAAUUCCAUCUCAGCCUGUCCCGAUCCGACGACUGUUGGCACAAGUGGAUCGGCCUACUCGACGUUUUCGCAAUUGACGCGAUUGGCGUUGAGAAUUACUCUCGCUAGGCAAGUCCAGUCUCUAGCUUGUUGGACAUUCGUCAGGCAGGUGUGUUGGCACCCAAUGCAAUCCACUGUCAACGAGGCUGCUCAUUACAGUAUAUCGAGCGGCGGCUGUGACGACUGCUAGCUACGACUACUUCGCAGUUCCCUUCGGUGGUGCGCUAUAAAUAUACGCGCCUGCCACAGUGGAUCAUAGAAAGGCUACGUGAUCGUCGAUUCGACGCUCGAGGCAUCUCCUUAGGGCGUCCGAGCCUCUUUCGUUCGAGCCAGCGCUGGCAGUGCAAAUAAGUCGCGCGGUUCAGUGCUGCUUGGCACUGACAACAUCGAGAGUGCAGAGACACUGCACCGACAGCAUCGAGCGACCACUUGGAAUGCUCGUUUGCGCUGCGGUUAUGCGGCUGUAGCAUAGUCGUGCGGGCAUGCGUGCCUGCUGCUGCUGCUGACCUCCGGCCCGUCGUCACUCUGUGACAAUAGUCAUGAUAAGAAGAGCUAUGCGAAUGCCAGCAGAAGCCGUCGUCGAAGCCAGCGAGCCUUCGUCAGCAGCCGAAAGAAGCCACGGCAAGCGUGUGUACCUCCGUACUUUAGAUGCCCAAUUUCAUACAGAAGAAGUCGCAUUAGCAAUCUGCGCUGAUCUGCUUCAUCUCGCGCAGUCGUGAAAGUCACGAAAGCUUUCUCCCACCUCUGCCCCCUUCCCCCCCUCCCCCUUCCCCACCACCACUCUCUUUUUCUCUCUUUUCCUCUUAUUCUUCCAUCUGCCUUUUAUGUAUCAUUUCAUUUCUUCAUUAGUCCUGCAAUUCAUACCUCCUCCUACGCAUUAUGUCCAUUUUCAAAUUUUUGUUCUCAUGAAACAGUAUCAGUGUGAUCAUCGAUGUGAAUCUACGUAAAUCCAUUUAACGAUACAGUGAUGUGCUUUAUACAAAGUGUUGUUUACGCAGUUAGUUUUUGGAUUACAAUAGUUGCAGUGUGACUAAUUUACGUAUCAAAGUGAAAUUAUUAUCAUUUUUCCUCUUACUUUUCUUUAUUGUUUUCUUCGGUCCAUAUCACCCUCGGCCCAUCGCUUCCUUACUCCUCACUGGGUUUCAAAGUAACUCAAACGGAUCGUUUUUUUCUGCACAAAAGUUAUUAGUGCCGCUGCCACUGCACUGGUGCUCUAAAUUGUUUAUUUUAUUGUAGUUAAUAUGAACACCAAAUAAGCAAUAUAUAAGUGCAGUUUAUGACUUAAUGUAGAGCUAGAGAAAAGGCAGCCAAGUUAUCAAGCGGUUUGCAACCCUUGAUGCAGCACGCACAAUCCUGAAGAGAACACGUGAAUAUGAGCAUGACUCUCGAACGCAACGCAUUCAAAGGGUGCAGCGAAGACGAGGCAUGCGCCGAUUCAGAAGUAGGGGCAAGUGCAGAUAAAGCCGGCUUAGCCUUCAAGGGGAAAAGCACGAGCGAAGACGACGUCGAGGAUAGCACGACGAGCAGCAGCAACAACGGCGCAAAGCUGAACGGCGACCGGUGCCCGCACUGCAGCUUGUUAUGCCGUAACUCGCACGUCCUCCAGAUACACAUCGAGGACCAACAUAAGACCUUCCCUCCAACCUACCAAUUGGACAAGCACGAUCUGCAGGCACAAUUUUCCCAGGUCUCGUGUAAGGUUUGCAGAAAAACAUUCGCCAACGUUUACAGAUUGCAAAGACACAUGAUCAGCCACGACGAAAGCGCGGUAUUGCGCAAAUUCAAAUGUCCUCAUUGCGAGAAGGCCUUCAAAUUCAAGCAUCAUCUUAAGGAGCACUUACGGAUACACAGUGGCGAAAAACCCUUCCAAUGCGUUAAUUGCAGCAAGAGAUUUUCGCACUCGGGAUCUUAUUCGUCGCACAUGACCUCGAAAAAAUGCCUCGUGGUGACCAAAAAGGCCCGCUUGACGACCGCCGGCCAGUCUCAAAUUUCAGCGAACGGGCCCGAGCAUCCCGACAAAAAAACUUCGCUGUCAACUACGAACCAAGCACAGCUGGUGCGCGAGCAGCACCGAUCGUCGGCUCAAAGCCAACAUCGCCAAGUACAACAGACGGUACGAGAUAUCGAGAUCAACAGCAAUAAUAUCAGCCCCGUCCUUGCGAAGGCGUCGCAUGCGGAUUACCGAGAGCUACAGCGCGAAGCUGCAGUAGCUGGCAUCUUCGACGUGCCCACGCUUCUGCCCAACAUGAUGGGCCUGAGCGGUUACUUUCUCCACUCGUCUAUCGGCAAAAUGUUGAGUCAGAUGCAGCACACGACCCAAGAGCAGAGCGAAAAUCAGAGGCCCGAGGAAUUCGAUGCCCUGAGUCAGCAGAGCGAAGCGGUCCCGAGUCCCGCUACUACCGCCCCGGACUCCGAAGGCACGACUUGCGAAGGGCCAGAGGCUGGCCGGGAUUCGCCGCAGCGACGACUGAGCGGUGCUUUUGACGCGGUGCGCCGACUGCUCGACUCGGUAAAUGCGUCUGUGACGAAGCAGCUGCUCGAGGCCAAUGUACGCAAGCUCGCGGCCUCGCCGUUCUGCGCCAAGAACGAGCUCGACGACGACUAUCAAGACAGUGAAUUAUCGAGCGAAGUGGCGGCGCACUGUCCAAGCGACUGGGCCUCCAUUCCCGAGUCCGCCGAGCCUCGAGCGGCUGGCCACAAACUCGAACGCGAGCUUGACCAACACAGUGCCUCGUCUCCGCCUGCACGACUCACGGGCCUUCGAUCGAAGCUCGAAAACGGCACGUCGGAGCUCACGUCGGAAAUCGACAGCGACGAUGAACAACACUCGGACUCUUUGCAUCAGCAACGACAAGAUCAAGUCAACAACGCAAGUGCUACAUCGCGCCGAGUUAGAGCACGCUCCCUUAUCGAUGAGGAACAAUUGGCUCUGCUCAAACGCUUCUACAGCAUUAAUCCUCGACCGAAAAAGGAAGAGAUUUGCCAAAUUGCUAAUUUCGUCAACUUUCCACCUCGUGUCGUUCAAGUUUGGUUCCAAAACUCGCGAGCCAGAGAUCGUAGGGAGGCCAAAAUACCAGCUCUCGUGCCACUAUCGAGUCUUAGUAAUUAUUCUUUAAACAGUGAUCAGAACCAGCCCCUUGAUCUCUCUACUAAAAUUUCAACAACGGCCUCGGCAGCUACAGAAACGGACACUGACUCCUCUCAUGUGCCAAUCAGUAAAAUUACCUCGCCACAUUCGUUGAAAAAUGAGGCUAAAUUGUCUGCCAACAAUAACAUUGAGUGCAUUGAUGACGUUGAAGAAUCACCCUUGCUUAUUGAUGAGGAAACCACGACCGAUUCGGUCGAAACUAAGCCGCCUCCUUCUUUGAGAAUGGCUUCUCGAGUACCUUACGAUCAAGCUGCUUUCAAACACAUUCAAUCACCUGUUUUACCCGCCAAAAGUGAUAUAGAAACUAUUGACAAUACUGAGCCUCCAGCUCAAGAAACUGAUCAAGAGGGCGUGUAUUUUUGUAACCAGUGUGAUAAAACAUUUUCAAAACAGAGUUCGUUAGCUAGGCACAAAUACGAACAUUCAGGUCAGAGGCCUUAUAAGUGUCAAGAAUGUCCAAAAGCAUUUAAGCAUAAACAUCAUCUAACGGAACACAAGCGACUACACAGCGGAGAAAAACCCUUUCAGUGCGUCAAGUGCCUGAAGCGCUUUUCACAUUCUGGAUCUUACAGCCAACACAUGAACCAUAGAUUUUCGUAUUGUAAGCCUUAUAGAGAAUAGAUUGAUAAUUAGUCUCUCAUUAUAUUGGCUUGAUCUAACCAACGAACUACAGGUACCAUAAGAAAUACUGCGUGUUCUAUAACGUCAGCUGACGUAAAGAAAUAUGUGACGAAAAAAAUUACGAUGAUGUAUAUGUUCGUUAUGUAGAUUUUUAAUAGAUUGAAAAGAGAGAUCUUAGUUGACUAAAACUCUUGUUAAAAACAAUCCUGAUUGGUUAAAGUGUGCUCAAAGCAUCAGUUUACCAAAAAAAAAAAAAGAAAAAGGUUCAAGUAUAAUAAACAUAAGUACACUUAAGGAUUGCGGUAAAACAAAGCGGUAGUGCUUUUGUGAAAAAAAAAUAAAAUACUAACCAAAAGACAGAACGGUACCAAAAAGCAUAAUGCAAUAAUUUAUUAUAUGCAUACGACAUAGCGUAUAUAAUAUUUUAUUAUUUUUACUAACGAGAUAAUAUAUUUACCCAUGACAAUAAUAAUAAAAAAUAAUUAAUGUACAAAUUUGUUAGAAAAACAGUUGCGCUCAAAAAAGAUUUUAAGUGAGGCAAACGUAGUUUUAAUUGUACGUUUAACGUUUAAUUAUGAACUCAUAGGUAGUUAUAGCCUAUGUAAAAGAUAUUAUAUACAUUUCGCAUUGUAUAUAUAGAAAAUAUGCGCGAGUAUAAUCAUAGGAAAAUUUUUUUACUUUUGAAAAAUCGACAAGCCUAUUUCAGGGAUUAAUCUCAAAUAUCUCGAAUAAAUUGUAUCUCUUUGACACAUGGCAUUCCAUAAUUAAAAAUUUAUAAUUAUCUUGCAUAUUCUAAAGUUUUAAUUCUCUAAGAUAAAUUGUAAGGAUAUCAAAGAUUUAUUUUAUUUAUACAAGUUUUAUGUUUUGUACAAUAAUCGUUUGAAAAAAAUUCUUUAGAACUGUAAGUAAUAAUACUGCUACAUUUUUACUUGCUGAAUUAGAUAUGUGUCAAAUAGAUAUUUGUGCUCAUCAGUUUCUUUUAUCCCAAAGAAACUGUAACUUUGCUCAUUCCAUUAAAAUCGAGAAUUUUGAGUAAACCCUACUUGGAGUGAGCUUAAUUGAAAUAAUGUAUUGAUGGAAGUGUACGCUAUGACAAUACAAAAAUGUGCUAGACACUUUUUACAUGCAUAAUUACGAAUUUUUCAUUAUUUAUUCUUUAUGAAAGUUUGAUAAAUUAAGCUACGUUCAUUUUAAGUCGAAUACAAAGUUCUUAUAUAUGUAUAUUUAUUUAUUUUUUCACUUGGAAUUUUACCCAUCAGAGAAAUAUUAUUUAAAAGUAACAAUUUUGUUAGAAUGACUGUCUGGUUAGUUGAUUUUGGACUUAUAUUAAUUUUUAUCCGGUAGUGAAUGUGUUUUUAUAAUUUAAAGUGAAAUUUAAUUAGAGUUGAUAAGAGUAAGAUGUGUUUUACUUAUCUUUGUAACACGUUUUACAAAAUUUUAAUUUUUGUUGCAUAAGGAACAUAACUAAAGAAAUAAUGGCAGAAAAUUUCUUACCUACUAACUAGAAAAGACAAUAAUUUUCGAAUAUUAAAAUAAAAAAGCAUUAUGAAGUAACAACAUACAAAAUUAUACAUGAAAAUACGUUGCUAACUGAGAAAGUGUGCCAAAGAUAAUGUUAAUUAUGCAAUAUUAAGUAAAAUAUUUCCAAAAAUGAAGAAUAAAAGGGCCUUGUAGAUGGGUGAGCGAUGUCAUCUGUAUACGUAACGAACCUUUUUCGUGAAAACAAUACUUCUUUCAAUGGCUCUAUGUACUUGUGAAGAAAAAUUAUAAUUCAAAGUAGAUAUAAACUUUUGAGUGACUGUAAGUAAUGCAGUAUCAUCGCUAAAGAUGCAUUUGACUAUUAUAUUUUAUGUAUACAAUUAAUUGUACUUACAGUUUUUUAUGUGUUAGGUUUUUUUUACUGAAUUUUAAUCAAUACACAUUCCGCAUAAUUUAUAAAAAAUACGAGAUAAUUUUGUGAAUAAUCAAUUUAGAUUAUCCUAUAAUUUUACUUUUGUAGUUCAUUUUAAAUAGCAUUGAGUCUUGAUAUUAUAUGUUAUGAUUAUGAUUUAUUGUUGCGCAUUUUUAAUGUCUUAUAAACAGCGAAUUAUUUUAUCGCCAUCUCGAGGUCCGAUUUUUCUUUAUUACGCAAUUUCAGAAAUUGCAUAAAAAAUUUCAAGCUUCCAAACGCUAUACUAUUUAUGGUUGCGAGACAAACAAGAAAUUAAACGAAUGUAUAAUAUUUAGAUAAGAUUGAUUGUUAGCAUAUAUCUUUAAUAAGAGUUAUAGUAAAAAAAUCGAACAUGAAUGAUGAUACUCGAAAUGUAUUUUAUAAGAGUUUUUUUUCUACAUAUACGUCAAGUGAUAAGUGAUAUUAUUAAUAUUGCUAGUACUAUAUACAUUGCACGCGCAUGACAAAUAAUAUACGAUAUUAUUAUAUCUAUAAUAGCUGUUAACAAAAAAGUACGAAAUGUGUCAUGUGGUCAUGAUAUUAAGAAGCAUUUAAAAAAAGAUAAUUUGAUGAAAAGUAAUCAACACGUUCACCAAUGUUUUGGUAAAUAGCAUUUAGUUGCCUCAGUGCGAUUUGAUUCAUAUUGAUUGAUGUUAUUCUUAUAUAACUGCGGAGUUUUUAUUCCAACAGCAACACAAAUAUUUUUAUAAAACAAAAAAUGAUUAAGAUUGUUGAAAUGAGUCAAAGUUGAAAA